UGUCCGUGCUUCCUCGGAGUUUCCUGUCACGUUCUUAUCUCUUUUCUUCACCUCCUUCAUUUCACUCUUAAAUAACCCUACCAACUUCUCACAUCUUAUCCAAAACACACACACACACAGACACUAAAUUCUAAUUUUAAGUUAAAAUGGAGAAGCCAUUAGUACAUCAAAACCCACGUAAAAUUAGAGUGAUCAAAGAACUGGUUGAAGGAAAAGGAUUUGCAACUGAACUUCAAACUUUACUCCAACAGCCUAUUGCAGAUCAUGGGUACUCAGUUUCAGCUGAUGAACUUGUUCUCAAAAUUUGGAGCUCUUUUAGUGAAGCUAGCACUGAGUUAAAUACUUGGGGUUUCGCAUUCCAGAUCGAGGAGGUUGAUCAAGCUGAUUCCGAUGAUCGGAAGUCCAAAGAUUCUACUUCUGAAUUGAAGAAGAAGAACAAGCAAGGAGGGAAAGACCGUAGAGGUUGCUACAAGAGAAGAAAGAUGGCAACAAGUGCGGAACAACAGAAUGGUUCUGUUGGUACUACUGCUGCAACAACAAAUGCGUCUUCAAGUCACACAACUCCUGCGCCGGCGAUGGCACCGGCAGAAAAACCCGGAAAGUUUUUCGGUGUGGACUUUAAGCAUUGGCAGCAGAAAAUGUUCUUUUACCUGACUACACUCAGUUUACAGCGCUUUAUCAGCAAAGACAUUCCAGUUCUGGGAGAAGAAACUCCUGAAAAUGAACGAUUUGUGGUCACUGAGGCAUGGAAACAUUCUGACUUUUUAUGCAAAAACUAUAUUUUAAGUUGCUUGGAAGACAGCUUGUACAAUGUUUAUAGCAUCAUGAAAACAUCAAGAGAAUUAUGGAAUGCUCUUGAAAAGAAGUACAAGACUGAAGAUGCUGGACUAAAGAAGUUUGUGGCCGCCAAAUUUCUAUAUUUCAAAAUGGUUGACGGUAAAUCUGUCAUAACGCAAGUCCAUGAAUUGCAAGUUAUUGUUCAUGACCUCCUUGCUGAAGAUAUAAAACGAGUCAAUAUUUUUAUUCAAGAUAUUGAUUAUUGUACUAGUUAUAAAUUUAUGAUUGAAGGUAUGGUCAUAAAUGAAGCGUUUCAAGUUGCGGCAUUUAUUGAAAAGCUGCCUCCGCUAUGGAAGGACUUUAAGAAUUACUUGAAACAUAAGCGCAAGGAGAUGACACUUGAAGACCUUAUUGUUCGUCUACGAAUUGAAGAGGACAACAAGGCUGCUGAGAAGAAAUCUCAUGGAAAUUCAACAAUAAUGGGUGCAAAUAUUGUUGAGGAAGCUUCAACGAGUAAAAAGAGAAAGAAGCCGUAUGGACCAAAGAAUUAUCCAAGCAAGAAGAGGUUCAAAGGUAAUUGCCACAAUUGUGGACAUGUUGGACACAAGGCUACUGAAUGUCGUGCACCAAAGAAGGACAAGAAGAAAAGUCAAGCAAACAUGAUUGAGAAGAAUGAUGAAAUAGACGACUUAUGUGCCAUGCUUUCAGAAUGCAACCUAGUCGGAAAUCCUAGAGAAUGGUGGAUUGAUUCGGGAGCAACUCGACAUGUUUGUGCUAACAAAGAGUUGUUUACUUCUUAUGCUCCCGCUGGACCCAACGGGACAGUGUUUAUGGUAAAUUCCGCUACUGCAAAAAUUGAAGGAACGGACAAGAUAGCUUUGAAGAUGACUUCUAGAAAGAUUGUGACUCUAAAAGAUGUUCUUCAUGUUCCUGAAAUGCGGAAGAAUUUAGUCUCGACAUCACUUCUAGUCAAGAAUGACUUUAAGUGUGUUUUUGUUUCCGACAAAGUUGUAGUUAGUAAGAAUGAAAUGUAUGUAGGAAAAGGUUACCUAACUGAGGGCCUUUUUAAACUCAAUGUAAUUGCCAUUGAUAUGAAUAAAAUUUCAGCUUCUUCUUAUUCAUUCUUGCUUGUUCUGUUGCAUUCCUUUAUUUCUGAACCUUCAGGAUUCCCAGUACGCCUAUCUGCUGUUGCUGCAUAUACUGUCCACAGGUCAAUUUCUGUGUUGUCCUUGCCUUUUCUCAAUCCUAAUUCACAACUAGAGGCAGAAGGACAAGGAAUUAGAGCUCUUCCAUUUCCAUGGACUUGUAAUGCAUCAGCUGGAAGCAGCAGUUUUGUUGUCCAUCCUUCUCAACCAAAUCACAUGGAAUGUGAACCUGAUCCAGUAUUUCAAAUAGGGGCGACCAAGCAUAUAUUGGUAGGAGUUGACAUAACCCCCGUUCAAUAUUUCGUAUCAUCUUCAUCUUGUGAAUCUGAAGGGAAUUUUAAUGUAGAAUGUGUUAUUUUCCGAACAGCUAUCCCGGCCGCCGGAGCACUACUACAGAAUCCCGAUAACACACCUGGACUAGUACUAGCGAACGCGGGCUCACAGGACGCAAAGCAAGUCAGCGAAACUUCUCACGCCGACCAAGAAGCCGACGUCCAUAUGAUUAUUAGGGGAGCCGACGUCCCCCGAGGGCGCGUCUUCAAACGAGCAAGGACACCCUCUACAGAGGAAGGAUCGGCCCGGGAGUGCCCGUGUGAAGAAAUCCUCGUAUUCAGCGAGGAGGACCUCGAGGCUACGAUGGAACCGCACAACGAUGCUCUAGUCAUCUCGUUUCUCUCAAACAACACCAGAAUAAAGCGUGUGCUCGUGGACCCAGGUAGCUCGGUCAACAUAAUCAGGUCAGAAGUAGUAGGACAGCUAGGAUUGCUCAAUCAAGUCAUCCCCACCUCUCGGGUCCUCCACGGUUUCAACAUGGUUGGAGAGGAAACAAAGGGAGAAAUCAUUAUCUCGAUAGGCAUGUCCGGCACGACCCAUAACACCGAGUUUCAAGUCAUCAACGGUGACAUGAAAUACAACGCCCUACUUGGCAGACCUUGGAUACACAACAUAAGGGCCGUGCCCUCGACCUUGCACCAGGUAAUAAGGUUUCCUACCAGGGGCGGUAUCACGACCAUAUAUGGGGAACGGCAAGUACGGAGGGAAAUUUUCGUAGUCCACCACGAGACGACAAUUCCCGCAUACCCGGCCUUGGACGGGGAGGGAAGCGCGCAGACCCUUGAAGACGACGAGGAAGACUUCUUCACACCCCGGACUUUCGUCGCUCGCGAAGAGUCCGACGCAACCAAGUCAACAGUCGAGGUGUUGGAGAAAACCGUUUUGAUCAAACACCUCCCGGAUCGCAAGGUAUACUUGGGUACGGGGCUGACCCCCGAACUCAGGGCAGAAUUUAUUCAAUUCCUCAGUAAUAAUAUCGAUUGCUUCGCUUGGUCCCAUUUAGAUAUGACAGGUAUCCCACCGUAG